GAGCUUAUAGUAGAGCCGAGCCUCCAGUACAGCACUGCGUGCGAGCUACGUUGUUCCUGCAUAUGUCGUUGCUCACUCUGCCCGGUCCGCCGGAGCUUUCUUCUUCUUCCUUUCCCGGUGGGUUCACUUCGCGCCAAUCCUUAAGUGCUGAGAGGAGGGAAGUUGCUAGCUUCUCUCUCGGAGUAAUAUGCGGUGUGCAGCAUCACCAUCACACUUCUCUGAAAAUGAAAAAGGGUGUCCGAUCUUAUGUGACCUGUCAAUCCAAGGAUGACUCGUCUAGCAAGACGGCCACAGAUGAGGAAACUUCUGAUUUGGGGGUUAGGGCAGCAUUAUCAAUGCUUAAAUUUUACAGAAGCGAGAUAUCACCAAUCCUUCCCUCAAGCUGUCGAUAUGUGCCAUCCUGUAGUGUAUACUCGAUGGAGGCAUACAAAAAAUAUGGCUUUGUGAAGGGUACAAUCUUGACAGGUUGGCGUCUCUGUCGUUGCAACCCUCUUGGUGGGCAUGGAUUUGACCCUCCUAGGUGGUUUGAUGAAGAGAAACUAACUGAUGAAUGUUGAAUGCUUUGAUAGAGAAUCCUGAAUGAUGUAUGCACCUUGUUCCUUGACCUUUAAUGAUAUCUAGUUAUAUUUGUAUAUCACAAAUUGUUUCCUUUAAUAACUUAUACUUAGAAAUAUCUAAUUGUUUAAGGUUUUAUUCUUCCUCUGCA